AUGGGCAUACCAUUGUGGAAGCCUCGAGAUGAACCUAAUGCAAAGAAGGACUCUAUACCCGUACGAACACCUUUCAGCAUUACGAAUAGUCGAGGAGUACGCAACGGCGCCGGUAGUAACAGCAGCGGUAUUCUGACGACAACGAGUAACAAUACCAGCCGAAACAGCAGCAACAAUAGUAAUGCAUCAGGGCAUCGCCGAACAAGAGCUGUAGCACACAUGCUUCGUAAUCAAACCAGGAGGAACAGCAACAACAGUGUCACAGCCCGCAGUAAUAGUAAUAACGAUUCAGCUCUAGAUAAUCUGGAACGUCUAGUGCAACGACGUUUUGAAGAAAAGGAAGAUCUCCUUAAACAGCUGGAAUUCACGGCCACAUUAUUGGAUCAGUUUUUAACGGCUCGAUCAGGGUUUGAUUCUACAGUCUUGCCAACCCUUCUUACCGAAGAACUUCCUGCAGUGCUAUCAACAGUAAGCCGAACGUACGAAGAACCACCUGAGACCCAGGUUAUGCGACAGUUUGCCGAACAUGUGAUCCAGCAACCUCCACACGCUAUGCGUCUUCAAAUUUUAGAUGGCGAUAUUGCAACUGUCCAUCGACGCAUCCGUGAGCAAUUGAGCAUGUUUGGCGCUACCACUGCUACUGCAACUACUGCUGCUACUACGAGCACCAUCACCGGUGGUCGAUCAUCUGCCCAAUCGCCACCACCACAGCCGCAAUUAUCUUCAUCGUUGCCACAACAACAACAAUCAACAACAGCUCUACGUUCUCAACAAGAACAGGACCGACUACAACAACGGAUUCACCAACGUCGACUAGUAUGGCGACAGCAACAACAGCUACAGCUACAGCUUCAACAACGACUUCAGCAACAACAACAACAGUCGUCGCAAAGCAUAGAACGUAGAGAAACCACCGAAUAUGAGUUGAAUGAUGAAAUAUUACGAUCAUUAUUGGAACGACGACCUUCAUCCGCAUCUUCUUCGUCUUCUUCCUCUUCCUAA